UUGAGUUUCCCUGUGAUAGAAGCGACUGUCAUGAAGUGGUCCCACCCCUUUCCCCCGCCCUGUCUUCUUAUUCCGGAAGAAAUUCGAAGGCAGAAGUUGGCUGCGGCCAAAAAAAAGUUAAGAGAAUUCAAAAAACAGAAGAAGCAUGAUUGCUUUUUGGUGGAUAAAAGAGUGCAUGAGGUAAAGGAGGAGCGGGACAGGAGGGCUGAUAAGCCUCCUGUCCAGCGGAGUGAACUGGAGAAACACGUGGCCCUGCAGCCCCAAGCAGGGCCAUGCCUGGAACAUCAGCAGCUCCUGUGGGAGGUGCAGAAGGUGAAGAAGGAGCUGGAGGGCGCCUUGGGGCAGCUAAAGGAAGAAAACCUGGCUCUGCGGAACAAAAUGAGGGAGCAGGAGGAGCGCCUUCUGCAGGUUGACACCAGGGCAGAGCUGUGCUCUGUGCAGGCAGAAGAGCACAAGAACAUCGUGCACAACAUGGAGGAGCAGCAGGAGAUGAUUGAGGCCUUAGGGCUUCAGAACUGCCUGAUAAAGGAGCAGCUGGCCCAGAUGCAGGACAGCUUCCAGGGGCUGAGAGAAGAGAACACCAAUAUAGUGACCUCCCUGAGCUCAGAGCAGCUCAGAAACAAGGAGGUGACUUGGAAGCUGGGCCAGCUGCAGGAGGAGAUCACGCAGCUCAAGGCAGUGGUGGCGCUGAAGAGCCAGGAGGCCCAGGAGCUGCAGCAGCAGAGACACCAGCUGCUGGGCAUCCUCUGCCACAGAGCUGAGGACUGUUUACACCUGGCCUCUGAAAAACACGCUCUGCAACAUCAGCUUCUGCAGUCGUUUAAACAAGCGGUGAAUGUACAUCUGAAAGACCUGGAAGACCACAAGGCCCUGGUUAGGUUUUACAAAGACCUGAAGACCACCCAGGAGGUCCUGUCAGCCUCCAAGCUGCAGAAGCAGCAGACAUCCUCGCCUGGAGUUGUGGCACUGCCCGGGGAAGGGGAGGUGGAGGAAAGAAAACUGGAGAGUCCUCAGCCCAACAGCACCAGUCCUGAAGAAGUGAGAGGCUCAAAGGCUGCGGUGUCAGAGGAAAAGGCAGAGAUUAAGGAGCCAGUGGAGGAGCUAGAAUGUCAACGCAUGCUGCUCUCUGGUGAUUGCAGCACCACUGAUAAGCUGUGUUGGGCGCAGGCGCUCAACAUACCAUACCCCACCCGGGACUAUGGACCACGCCAGCUUCCGCAAUGCGCUACGUCCCUCUUUAAAUUAGCCAACCUGUGCGCACUUCGUGCUCACUCCGUACUCUGUGGCAACUCCUGAUUGGCCACAGCUGGAUAUAGUAGCCGGAGCCUGCAUCCCAUUCCCGCCCUGCUUCCUCGUGGCAGCCUGUGAUUGGUCACGGCCGAAUAUAUAAACCAGAGCCCACGUAAAUAAACUAGCAGUUAA